UAUAUUCCUCUUUCUUUGCUUAACGUUAUGUUGAGAACAACUUUCACGUUAUUAGAGUCCUCAAAAGCUGAAUUUGGGGGUCGACCAGGCCUUCAUGGUCCCUGCUUGUUGGGCAUGAAGGUUGCUUCUGCAUCUCAUGGGGCUUCACGGAGCCCCAGGCGGCAGCUGCCCCCUCUCCCCAGGGCAGCCUUCACCCCUUGCUCUGAAGCCCUGAUGGCCCCCAGGGCCUCCAGAGCGAGCACAGCCUUUUCCCUGCAUCUGCUCCCCCGCAGGCAGGCGACCCCCUCAGCCCACCCUUGCCUGUCAUUCCCUGACUGCUCUCCCUUCCUGUGUCCCCCUGCAGGAAGUGCUCGCCGUCCUGCCAGGACCAUCUUUUCCUUGAUCCCGGGUUGGGGGUACCCUUUCUGAGAACUUUCCAGAGCAGCCGUGACCGCAGCAGCAAUGGCCCCAACUUGGGUGCCCGCCGUGGGCUUCACCCUGGUGCCCAGCCUGGGGGGCUUCCUGGGCUCGUACUACUACGUCCGCGGGGAGGGCCUCCGCUGGUACGCCAGCCUGCAGAAGCCCACGUGGCACCCGCCCCGCUGGGCCCUGGGCCCCAUCUGGGGCACCCUCUACUCGGCCAUGGGGUAUGGCUCCUACAUGGUCUGGAAAGAGCUGGGGGGCUUCUCCGAGGAGGCUGUGGUUCCCCUGGGUCUCUAUGCUGGGCAGCUGGCCUUGAACUGGGCAUGGCCUCCCCUCUUCUUUGGCAGCCGACAAAUGGGUUGGGCGCUGGUGGACCUCCUGCUGAUGGGUGGGCUGGCAGGAGCCACGGCUGUGGCCUGGCACAGGGUGAGCCCACCAGCCGCCCGCCUGCUCUACCCGUACCUGGCCUGGCUGGCCUUUGCAGCCACACUCAACUACUGUGUAUGGCGGGACAACCAAGGCUGGCGUGGUGGCCGUCGGCUCGCCGAAUGAAAGUGCCCCGUCCUCUGAGGACCGCAGCUGCUGCCGAUCAGGUGCUGCCCGGGUGGUGGCCCUUAUACUUCCAUGGCCUUCCGGCCUGCGGGUCUGUCUGGGUCUCAGCCCCGGGGGUCACCACCAGCUUCAGAAGUGCCCCAGGCCGAGCCUCUAUCCCAGAAACGGCGUCCUGCGCUUUCCGCACUGCCCCAAGCAUGCUCUCGGAACACGGAAGGUUAGAAGCGAAAUAAAGUUUUUAACCUCCUGGCA